AUGCUGAGUUACCCAUACGAUGACAUUAUGAAAACAUUCAGUCUCCUUUUUAUGGAGGUCCGUGCUAGUGGAUACAUUAUUGCUGAUUUUUACUUUGGUGAUGCCAGAGACUUUGGCAAUAGAGUCCAAGAGUGGGUGCUGGAUGCAAUUCAUUUCCAUAAUAUCCAUUUCAAGGUGGAUUUGGAUAUCGGUGGUGUGGAAAAUACCCUGGUUGGCAAUGACAUGGCUUUUGAGACCAUAAAGGGCCCUUGGAGCCCAGAACAUAACAUCCAUCGAAUGAAAAUGGGAGCUUUCCAGGCUUCAGAUCCUGUCUGGACCAUUGAUCAGUUGGAUGUUGGUACAGAACAAAGUCUACAUCUGUGUUACUUUGACAUAUUCCCUCAUGAUACUUCUGCAAAAGAAAGGGAAGAGGUUGGGAAAAUGAAUUCCAAAGUGAUUUAUUCUCUCAUAGCAAUAUGCAUCACUAUUAUUUUCAUCUUAAUCUUGGUUUUCUGUACUAGAGGACAAAAACACACAGAUUGUGAGAGUUCUCAGAAAAAGGAGGAAGAGGAAGGUCAGGAUGUUGGCAGCCAAGUAUUUCAAGAUUUAACCCCAGAAGAGAUAAUGCAAGUAAAGCAGUAUUUACAGUCCAAUCUGGGAGUGCCACUGGUAGAGACACCUCAAGCCAAACCAUCAGACAACUGCAUUCAUUUCAUAACUUUGCAGCUCCCUCCCAAAGCACAAGUAUUACAAUUCCUAGAUGAUCAAGGAUCUCAGCCACCACGAGAAGCUCUGGCUGUGGUCCAUUUUGGAAAUCAAGUGGACCCCAAUGUGACAGAAUAUCUGGUGGGUCCACUACCAGAACCAACAUAUUAUGAAGAUAUCACAGUAGAAAAAUAUGGAAGGAAAUUGCCUUAUUAUCAAAGGAUGGUUUUGAGAAAUGAGCUUCGGGAAAUCAGUGAUUUCUUAAAGAGAAAUGAAUAUCAGAAGGCUCCAAAUUUCAUGCAAAAAGUUCUAAAUUACAAUGGAAGCAAUCUUCGAUACAAUUAUCAAUUUCCAUUAGGGCUCAAAUCAGGAGAUCGUAAAACAUGGGUGAGUCAUUUCCAGAAUGUGUCUGGCUACUAUUUGCAUCCAGUUGGUUUUGAGGUCCAAGUGGAUCAUUGUAGCUUGGAUGUUUCUGAAUGGAAGUUAAUAAAAGAUCUGGUUGCCUGGAUCAAUACUGGCUUUCUCCAUAUUCCACAUGCUGAAGACAUACCCAAUACUGCAACCCUUGGGAAUUUGCUUGGUUUCUUCUUGAGACCAUACAGUUAUUUUGACGAUGACCCUUCCAUGUAUUCUCCAGACAGUGUUUUCUUCGACAACCAUUUCCUUUAUAAACUAGCUGUUACCAAGAGGAAAGAAAGUGAAUCUUUCAGCACCACUGCCUACAAUCAGAUUGACCCAUGGAAUCCUCCAGUGGCCUUUGCUGACUUCAUAAACAAUGAGAGCAUUGUCAAUGAGGAUCUGGUUGCCUGGAUCAACACUGGCUUUCUCCAUAUUCCACAUGCUGAGGAUAUACCCAAUACUGCAACUCUUGGAAAUGUAGUUGGUUUCUUCUUGAGACCCUACAAUUAUUUUGAUGAUGACCCUUCCAUUUUAAUGGAUCUGACAUGCGCUGNCUGGAGUUUUGCAUUUGGAAUUGAUGCAAGCAGGGGUCCACGUAUCUUUGAUGUCAGGUUUAAUGGGGAAAGAAUAAUCUAUGAGCUAAGUUUGCAAGAAGCAAGUGCUAUCUAUGGCUCCAACAGUCCUACUUCCAUGUUGACCAGAUACAUGGAUGCCAGCUUUGGACUUGGGUCCCAUAUCUUUCCAGUUACCCGAGGAUUAGAUUGUCCUUAUUUAUCCAGUUAUUUGGAUUGGCAUUUUUUCUAUGAUACUUCAUUGCCUGUUAGCCGUAAAAUGGCUAUCUGCAUCUUUGAGCAGAAUACUGAGUUACCCAUACGACGACAUUUUGAAAACAUCCAGUCUCACUUUUAUGGAGGGUUGGCAGAUUCAAAUCUGGUGUUCCGGACCAUAUCUUCAGUUGAGAACUAUGACUAUGUCUGGGAUUUUUUUUUCUACCAAAAUGGAGCUGUCGGUGUUCGAGUCCAUGCCAGUGGGUACAUUAUAUCUGAUUUUUACUUUGGUGAUGCUGAAGACUUUGGCAAUAGAGUCCAAGAAAAAGUGCUGGGAUCAAUUCAUACCCAUAAUAUUCAUUUCAAGGUGGAUUUGGAUAUUGGUGGUGUGGAAAAUACCCUGGUUGCCAAUGACAUGGCUUUUGAGACUUUGCAGGCUCCUUGGAGGCCAGAAAAUAAGAUCCACCGAAUGAAAAUGGUUAGGGAAGUUUUGGACACCGAGAACAAAGCGGCAUUCCGUCUCCAUGAUGACAUGCCCAGAUACAUUUAUCUGGCAUCCAACUGCACCAAUAAGUGGGGCCAUGACCGUGGCUAUCGGAUCCAGACAGUUAGCUUUUCUGGAGACCAUUUGCCAGAGUCAGAUCCAAUGGAGCCAGGCCUAAGCUGGGGUCGUUAUAAACUAGCUGUUACCAAGAGGAAAGAAAAUGAACCUUUCAGCACCACUGUCUACAAUCAGAUUGACCCAUGGAAUCCGCCCGUGGCUUUUGCUGACUUCAUAAACAAUGAGGAUAUUGUCAAUGAGGAUCUGGUUGCCUGGAUCAAUGCUGGUUUUCUCCAUAUUCCACAUGCUGAGGAUAUACCCAAUACUGCAACCCUUGGGAAUGUGGUUGGCUUCUUCUUGAGACCCUACAAUUAUUUUGAUGAUGACCCUUCCAUGUAUUCUCCAGAUAGUGUUUAUUUCCACCACCUGCAGGACCCGACUUCCUGUGCGGUGAACCAACUUGCAUGUCUGGCAAAAAUAACUUCAUGUUUGCCCAUUUUUCCUUCUUUCACUUAUGAGGGUUUUCAAAACAUGACAAUUUUCUAA